CUGUGAUCGGGUGGGUGCGGGUCCGUCCGUGCGGCGCUGCCGGGAGCGGCGGCGAUAGGGGAGAUCCAGCAGAUGGGUGGAAGUUGUAAGAUCAAUACAAGGACAAGCUCUAAGGUGAAGAGUGAUGGAAAAGCCUGAACUCUCUCAGAGCUGACAUGGACUCUGCAUCAGACUGAUGUCCUACCAUCACUGCCUCUGAGUGCCCUGUAGACAUGCUCAUGGACAGACAGUGCUUCCAAACACUGUAAUACGCCCUGCUUGCAGAAGUGAAUCAAGGACUACACGUUACCUCUUCAAGAAUUAACUUUAAAUAAGAGUACAACACACAGAAAUGAAAAAGCCACAAGUCAUUUAAUGAUCACUUCUCAUAGUUUUUCUCCUGUUCUUCCCUUGGAGUCAUGGAUGAAUACAACCGCUUUGUGGACUGGGACAAAAUGGAUGUUACUGUCCAGAGCCAGGAUAUAAAGGAGCUGACCUGCACAGAGUUCCAGGAGCUGAAGCAGCUGGCCCGGCAGGGCUACUGGGCCAAGAACCAUUCCCUGAGAGCCAAGGUGUACCACAAGCUGAUUAACAACAUCCCGUGUCGCACAGUGACCCCAGAUGCAAAUGUUUAUCGGGACAUUGUGGUGAAGAUAGUUGGAAAACGUAACAGUAGUUCCCUUCCACUGCCAGAGUUUGUGGACGACAGCCUUGUCCCCACGUACUGCUUGAAUGCAGAAGGCAUCGGGGCCGUUAGGAAGAUUAUACUGUGUAUUGCAAAUCAGUUCCCAGACAUAUCGUUUUGCCCUGCUCUGCCUUCUGUGAUAGCUUUGCUCCUCCACUACAGCAAGGAUGAGGCAGAGUGCUUCGAACAGGUUUGUCGCAUCCUUGCUUGCAACGACCCAUCCAAGCGUCUCAUCGAUCAGACGUUCCUGGCUUUUGAGUCCUCCUGCAUGACUUUUGGGGACCUGGUGAACAAGUACUGCCAGGCAGCACACAAGCUGAUGGUGGCCGUGUCUGAGGACGUGUUGGAGGUGUACUCUGACUGGCAGAGGUGGCUCUUUGGAGAGCUGCCCAUGGUUUACAUUGCUCGGGUCUUUGAUGUGUUUCUGGUGGAGGGUUACAAAGUUCUCUAUCGUGUCGCGUUGGCUAUUCUGAAGUUCUUUCACAAAGUCAGAGCUGGGCAGCCCAUGGAGUCUGACAGCGUGCAGCGGGAUAUUCGGGCUUUUGUGAGAGACAUUGCUAAGUCGGUGUCCCCAGAGAGGCUCCUGGAAAAAGCCUUUGCCAUCCGCCUUUUCUCACGGAAGGAGAUCCAGCUGCUGCAGAUGGCCAAUGAGAAAGCCUUACAGCAGAAGGGCAUCACAGUCAAACAGAAAAGUGUUACAUCUCCAAGAAGGCAGAAUGUGCACUUGGCCGUCCACGCAGAGAACUUCAAGUCUGAAAUUGUCAGUGUGAAAGAGAUGCGAGAUAUCUGGUCGUGGAUCCCAGAGCGCUUUGCUCUGUGCCAGCCCCUCUUGCUCUUCACCACCUUGGAGCACGGCUGUAGUCUGAGCAGGUUCUAUUCUCACAGUGAGGGACAUGAACCUACUCUUCUUCUCAUUAAGACCACAGCAAAAGAGGUCUGCGGUGCUUUUCUGUCCACGGACUGGAGCGAGCGCAGGCGAGGUGGGAACAAGCUGAGUUUCUUUGGGACGGGGGAGUGCUUUGUGUUCAGGCUGCAACCAGAAGUGGAACGCUACGAGUGGGUGAUCAUAAAGCACCCAGAAUUGGCUGCAAGUGGUUCUGAGCCAGAAAAUCAUGCCUCGCCAGCUUCCAACACCUUGUCCUUUAGAGGCACCCCCUCAGACCCAUCAGAUCGCCUUUCUCCCUUCUUAUCAGCUCGGCACUUCAACUUACCAUCCAAAACAGCUUCCAUGUUCAUGGCUGGCAGCAGUGAAUGCAUCAUUAUAGGAGGUGGUGAUGGCCAGGCUCUGUACCUCGAUGCAGACCUGAACCACGGAAGGACCAGCCACUGCAACACUUUCAACAAUCAACCGCUGUGUUCCGAAAGCUUCCAGAUCUCUGUCUUGGAGGUGUGGGGCUUCAGGGACACCGUGAAUGGCUGACAGGACUAUCGUUAUUCAGCUAAACUUUCAGUCGUCGUAGGAUUCCCAAGGCAAAUCGUAAUGCAGGAGCCAAGUUAGAACGUAAUUCCCACUGGACUCAGUGUUCCUUAGUAAUUACUAAGCAGUGCACUUGGAUGCAGGGCUUAGUUGUUUACUCUUAUUUAAGACAGGUGAAAGUGAUGUACCCUCUUAGCUCCUUAGAUUGGUACCUCUAGAGACCCAGUGUGGCUGGCUUCAGGUGUUGAUAUUAGGUAAAAGUGAAAACAAUGUUAUUUCAAACAAUCCUAAAUGUAUAUAAGUCCGUAUCAGGGGACAGUUUUGCAGUUCACCACAGUUCCUCAGAGGUGCUGAGCUGCCUGAGUUGUACUGUAGAGCAUCUGGCCCAAGCCAGAAAUAUCAAAUGUCCAUUUACAACAACACUGGAGACCUCAGAUUUGACAUAGGGCAGUAGUUCUUAAACCACUGCCCCAAUGUGAACAGAUAUUGUGCAGACAAAUCGUGAGUGCCACUGGUGUACCAUCAGUAUCGUUCUGGGAGUCAACUAUGAAGGAACUGUGAUUGCUUGUUCCCCUCCUGCUCGUACCCGAGUCCUUGAUACAUUCCAGUUGCAUCUCUGAGAGGAGGGUGUCCAGACUGGGCAGUGAUAUCUCAGAGGCUUGAUUUUGUUUACAUUCCUAUUUCAUAUCAGUAUAAUAGCUUCAGACUGACUCAAGUUUCAGACAGCUGGAAGCACAAGAUUAUGGAACAGUGCUUAGAUACAUUUCUUUGUCUUUUGUGGAAGCUGAAAUGAAACAUUAAAAGUAUGAUUAACUGUGCGGAUAUCACUGAAUGUUUAGGGAAUUAAGCACUGGGGUUCAGGAGCUUUGUGCACCCUCCUCAAGUAAAUGGAGGUAUGUAGGAGGGGGAUCUUCUGUGCAGCAUUACUCUGGGAGUAAUGAGUUUCCCAGGAGAACUCUAGGUGACUUUUGUUCCAUAUCACAAGGAGGGAAUAAAGUGCUGGUGGUUUUUUUGGCUGUUUAA